AUGGGGUGCGGUGGACUGUCGGCUGCGAGGACGGUCGCAUUUGCGCGAGGCGAGGCGAGCAUUCAGACGCGUUGCAUGCGCCAUGACUCGCGCCAGCGCGCGCUGGAGAGCGAUGGCCACGACGACGACGUCAAGUGGCUCACGUUCUGGUUCGCCUACUCCUUUGUCAACUUUGCGGGAUCCCUGUUCAGCAACGUCUUCUUCUUCAUCCCGUUCUGGGGCGAGGUACUACUGGGAACGACCGUCUUCCUCGCGCUGGGCGGCUCCGAACUUGUAUUGAAGCCGAUUCUGCUGAAGAAUCAAGAGGUAAUUGACAAGGUGCUGAGCAAGGGCGCGGCGCUGAAAGACAAGGUCGUGGCAAAGGCGGCCUAG